CAUAAAUAAAGCCCCUUCCUUCCUUCCUUCCUUCAUUCAUCUCCCUCUGCCUCUGCGUGUAUAUAUACACACACAAAUAAUACACCCACGCAAAACAUAGCAUUGCCCUCUUAUUCUUACUUAGUUAUUUCUCUCCUUCCUGAGUUGGGGAGGCGGCAGUCACCUAUUCGUCACUUAACUUUCGCCUUCCUCUGUUCUCCUCUGCGGGCGGAAUCGAGAAGCAGCGUACGUCUGUCAUGGUGAGCAUAAUUUCGCUGGUGACGGGAAGGGCCGGGCCGAGCGGGUUCGGUUCGGCUUCCACCGCCGAGCUUGUUACCGAAGGAAUCGACGCCUCUCAUCUCACCGUCCUCAUCACCGGAACUCAAUUUUUUGCUCAGAUGGGAAAGCUGAUUAUUGUCUGGUUUUGUUCCAUGCAUACGAAUAUACAUAUGAUGGUGAUUGUAAUUCCAUUUCCAAUUCCCAUUUCAGGAGGUGCAAGCGGGAUCGGACUGGAGACGGCAAGAGUAAUGGCACAACACAAAGCCCACGUCAUCAUCGGCGCCAGGAACAUGGAAGCUGCAAGUAAGGCCAAACACCUCGUCCUCAAGCACACUCCAGGCGCCCGCGUCGACGUGCUGCAGCUGGACCUGGCUUCUACCAGAUCCGUCAGAGCUUUUGCCGACAACUUCAAGGCCCUCAAUCUGCCCCUCAACGUCUUAAUAAACAAUGCAGGAGUGAUGUUCUGCCCUUACCAGCAGUCCGAAGACGGGAUCGAGAUGCAGUUCGCUACCAAUCAUCUGGGUACUUCUACUUUACUCUGUUAGUAAGCGGUAUAUGAUCCACGAUUGAACAUCUCCCAAAAAACUCGAGUUAUUGGGAUCAACUGGUUCUUGACGUACUCUCCUUAUUAGUUUGGUCUUCGAUUUUAGCAAUCUGUGUGUUUUCAAUUUUUGAUUGAUUUGACAAAAUGGGUUCCUGCAGGUCAUUUCCUGCUGACGAACCUGCUGGUGGACAAAAUGAAGGAGACAGCGCGAGCUACAGGUGUGGAAGGAAGGAUCGUGAACCUGUCCUCCAUUGCCCACAUCCACACUUACCGACACGCCAUCCUCUUUGACGACAUCAACGACAAGAAACGUUAUUCUGACAAAAGGGCGUAUGGGCAGUCCAAGCUGGCCAACAUCCUGCACGCCAAAGAGCUCUCCCGACGCUUCCAGGAGGAAGGGGUGAACAUUACAGCAAACGCAGUGCAUCCAGGGUUAAUCAUGACUCCUCUGUUCAGAUACUCUGCCAUUUCCAUGAGGAUUUUGAAGUUCUUUUCCAGCUUCCUGUGGAAGAACGUGCCUCAGGGAGCUGCGACGACGUGCUACGUGGCGCUGCACCCAGCGAUGACAGGUGUGACGGGGAAAUACUUUGCUGACUGCAACGAGAUUCAACCAAGCUCCCACGCCAGGGACGAAAUGCUGGCCAGGAAGCUCUGGGAUUUCAGCAACAAGCUCGUCAACUCUGCUGCCUCUUCCAAAGCUUAAUCAACACAACAAAAUUCAUAUGUCUACAUUGCCCUUCUUUUUUUCCCCUUCCCCUUUAUUGAACGAAAUAUAUAUGGUUAUCAACUUAUAUCAAUCUAAAUCAUGAGUCGGGCCAAUUUGGAAGGAACACUGUGUUGCUCGUUUGCUAGUUUUCCUUGCCAUUAUGUCUCAGUGACACGUACAUCGUCUCAGCCAAUCGCCGUGUGACACGGCAUUGAGAUGGAAAGGGACGAUCGCAACCUCCAGAACAAAUACGUACAGCUUUCUUCAAUUCCCUAUAUGUCACAACAACGUCGCUAUCCUCUGCUUUCAUUCUGCA